AGCUUUGCCCCCAUUUUCUCACCCCCACGAUACACAAACUCAUAACCAAUUUCCUCAAACACACAAUCACUUUCUCAAACACACACCCUCCAAAAAAGAGAAAAAAAAAUUCACUCUUUUCUCUUUAUAUAUAUAGAUAUAAAUAAACAGCCACAGAUUAAGUAAUAAUAAUAAUAAAAAUAACCCAUCUUGGAGUUAUUGAGAUUUUCCGGCUGGUUAAUUCCAGUCCGCACUUCGCCGGCCAUUUUCUGGUGCCUUCUUUCGCGAUUCUGUUCGCGAGUUGAAUGCAUUGGAAUUGCGGGUUCUAUGAAUGAAUGUCGAACUAUGCCACUACUUCCCAGAACCCCGGGCCCCUUUCUCCCGCCCUUUCACCGGACAACUCCGUCAAGAACGAAAAGAAAAAACGAUCUAUUAUUCCAAAGAUCUUCAGUUCGAAGAAGAGCGAAAGGGUAAAUUCGGAGGAGGAAAUGUUUAAGUUAGAUUAUGGGGAUGGCGCCAUUGAUAUUGGGAAAGGAAUUGCUUCAAGAAGAAAAGCUUUCAUGGAGUCAACUCCCACAAUCAAGAAAAGCUUUUCAGAAAGACAAACAAGUUCAGAUAUCCAAAGCUUAAACCUCUCCAACUUUGAACCACCCAUGACUCUACCAAAUGAGACCAAGAAUUUCCGGAUUUUCGCAGCGACAUGGAAUGUAGGAGGAAAAACUCCUAACAGUGGCAUCAACCUCGAAGAUUUUUUACUUGUAGAAGACUCAGCAGACAUUUAUGUGAUUGGGUUUCAAGAAAUUGUUCCACUAAAUGCCGGGAACGUGCUUGUUAUAGAAGACAACGAACCGGCAGCAAAAUGGCUAUCAUUGAUAAACCAAGCUAUAAAUAAACCAUCCGGGAACAACAGCGACUCCGUGUUUGGUGGUGGGUCAGAUCAUGGGUCAACAAAAGGAUCAUCAAAAGAUUCAAAGACUCUUCCUUUUUUUCAAAAGCCCUCUUUAAAAAUGCUUAGCAAGAACCUGAGGCCACUUGACAGUGGUCUACUGAAGGCUUGUAAUUGCCCAAUUGAAUUAGGAUCGAGAGAGAGAAGGCUAAGGAAAUUGAAUGAAGGAGCGGCAUCGGAUUUAGAGAAUAUGAUUAUUUCAACAAAUGAGCAAUAUGGGAGGUUGAUGAUGGAGGAAUUUGUUUCCAUCUCAGAGCUUGCUUCAUCAAAAACAGGGAAUGGGGAUAUGAUGAAAUACAAGCUUAUUUCAAGCAAACAAAUGGUGGGUUUGUUUCUUUCAGUUUGGGCAAGACAGGAAUUGGUUCCACAUAUUGGUCAUCUUAGAGUUUCGACAGUUGGUAGAGGGAUAAUGGGUCGACUUGGAAACAAGGGAUGCAUAUCAAUUAGCAUGUCAGUGCAUGAGACAAGUUUCUGCUUCGUUUGCAGUCAUUUGGCAUCAGGUGAGAAAGAAGGAGAUGAAAUCAAAAGAAAUGCCGAUGCUGCUGAGAUUAUCAAAAGCACACAGUUUAGCAAGAUUUGUAAGAAGCCCAAUAAAAGAGCCCCUGAGAGAAUUAUGGAUCAUGACCGGAUAAUAUGGUUGGGAGACUUGAAUUACCGGGUGUCAUUGAGCUACGAGGAUACCAAAAUAUUAUUAGAGGACAGUGAUUGGGAUAAAUUGCUAGAGAAGGAUCAGUUGAAUGUAGAAAGAGAAGCAGGAAGAGCGUUUAGUGGGUUCAGUGAAGGGAGGAUUCAGUUUGCACCGACUUACAAGUACACUCAUAAUUCAGAUUCAUACACGGGGGAGACGGUGAAAUCGAAGAAGAAACGACGAACACCAGCAUGGUGUGAUAGAAUAUUGUGGCGAGGGAAUGGGAUAGAGCAGUUGUGUUAUAUUCGAAGGGAAUCGAGGCUUUCAGAUCACAGGCCAGUUUGUGGAGAGUUUAGGGUGGCGGUUGAGUUGAGGAAUAGAAGCAGUAAGUUCAGAAAAGGCUACUCAUGUGCGGCUCCAAGAGGACAAUUUGAGGAUUGUGUAAUACCCAAAAGGCAUAGCUUCUACGACUUCUAAAUACAUAUUAUAUAGUUUUUUUUUCCUUCUUUUUUUUUGUAUAUUUCCCUUUUCUUUACUUAUUUUAGAUGAAAGGCUAACGCUAUUCAUAUACAUACCGCCGAGUUAUGAAAUCCUAAGCUCUCCUCCAACUUGGAGGAAACUAAAAUUAUAACUUUUAGUCUCAUACUGCUGUUUUCA